AUGAAUGAAUUUCUAGUAUCACUAAUAAGUGGUGGUUGUGCUGGAACAGCUACAGACUUAGCUUUCUUCCCAAUAGACACAUUGAAAACACGAUUGCAGGCGAAGGGCGGUUUUUUUCAGAAUGGGGGCUGGAAGGGCGUAUACAGAGGAUUGGGAUCAGCUUUAAUAGCCUCAGCCCCAUCUGCAUCAUUGUUCUUUGUAACAUACGAUGGGUGCAAGAAGUUUUUCAAGGCUGAACUGAUGCCGCUACUGAAAAAUGAGAACUUGACCCUUAAUGUCUCUCAUAUGGCGGCUGCAUCCCUUGGUGAGAUUGCUGCUUGUCUUGUUAGAGUACCGGCCGAGGUUAUCAAACAAAGAACUCAAACAAGCAAGUUUUCAAGUUCUUUAGAAUCAUUAAAGUACAUUCUGAGAAAUGAGAAUGGAGAAGGGGUGAUUAGAGGGUUGUAUAGAGGUUGGACCUCGACUAUCGUGAGAGAGAUUCCCUUCACAACAAUCCAGUAUCCAUUAUAUGAAUAUAUGAAGCUGAGAUGGGCCGCACAUCAACAGAUAGAGAAGGUUAGUCCUUUGCAAGGAGCUUUAUGCGGGUCUGUGGCCGGUGGGUUUGCAGCAGCUGUGACUACUCCAUUGGAUGUCUUGAAGACUCGGAUAAUGCUAAGUUCUCAUAAAAUAUCUCUAGGUCAGGUAGCUUCUCAACUGUACAAAGAGGAAGGAUUUGCUGUGUUUUGGUCUGGGGUCGGACCUAGAACAAUGUGGAUUAGUGCUGGAGGAGCAAUUUUCCUAGGGGUAUAUGAGACAGUCAGCUCGUUUCUCACAGCUGAAGAGAAAACCAAGCUCGGAUAA